AUGCCUCUGGUGGACGACGUGGUGAAUAAAUUCUUUUUGCUAUUGGCUUUGGCCCUUGUAGGCAUUGCUGCUGGAGCUCAGCUGCCUGACUCCGCCACCCAGGGACCCAAUCCCCAGGAUAUUGCCACUCCCGAGCCGGAGUACAUUGAUAUCGACGAACCAGCACCGGUGGCUGCUGCCCCCGCUCCUCGUCCUGUGGCCGCUGCUCCCCGUCCCCUCUUCGCCGCCCCCGCUCCCCUCGCCCGACCAGUGGCUCGUCCUGUGGCCGUGGCCCAGUCCUUCGUCCAGCAGCCCGUCCAGCAGCAGAUCGUCCAGAGGGCUCAGUACGUGGCGCCGGUGGCUCAACAGGUGGUGUUGCCGCAGCAGCAGCAGCUGGUUGGUCACACCUACAGCAACAGGGCUGGAUACCAGUACCGCCGUCCAGUCUAUAACGAAACCAUCAAAGAAACGACCAACAAGAACAAGCCAAGAUCAAAAGCAUAA